UCUAGAAAGGCAGAUAGGGAGAGGGCAGAGGCAACGGCCCUCUACUGGAGGGGGGGCUUAUUAUAACAAAUAUAUACACACAUGUGUGAGCUGUUGGGCCGCACGAUAGGUCAUAUGUGGAUAAUAGUUAUUUUAGAAAAGCAUAUAACUGUGGCUUUACAUUUAAAAUGCCUAUUUUACUUUUCCUGUUAGACACGUCCGCCUCUAUGAAUCAGCGCACUUAUUUGGGUACGACGUAUCUGGACGUUGCUAAAGGCGCGGUUGAGGUCUUUAUGAAGCUGCGUGCCCGAGACCCGGCUAGUAGAGGCGACAGGUACAUGCUAGUUACAUUCGAUGAUCCACCAUACGGAGUGAAGGCCGGCUGGAAGGAGAACCAUGCCACUUUCAUGUGUGAGCUGAAGAAUCUGCAGGCAUCCGGGCUGACAACAUUAGGACAUGCACUUCGCACUGCCUUUGACCUGCUUAACCUCAAUCGUCUCGUCUCGGGAAUCGACAAUUAUGGGCAGGGCCGCAACCCAUUUUUCCUCGAGCCAUCUGUGAUCAUUACCAUCACUGAUGGGAACAAGCUCACACACAGCUCUGGGGUGCCAGAUGAGCUGCACCUGCCUCUGAAUUCUCCCUUGGCUGGCAGCGAGCUGACCAAAGAGCCUUUUCGCUGGGACCAGCGUCUGUUUGCAUUGGUACUGAGGCUGCCAGGAGCAGCUACACCAGAUAAUGAGCAACUUGGUAGUGUCCCCACGGAUGAGUCUGCAAUCACCCAGAUGUGUGAAGUUACUGGAGGGCGAUCAUACUGUGUGCGAACACAGAGGAUGUUGAACCAGUGUCUGGAGUCUCUGGUUCAGAAGGUUCAAAGUGGUGUUGUCAUUAAUUUUGAAAAGACUGGGCCAGAUCUGCCUCCCAUUGGGGAAGAUAACUCUGUGGAGUCAAGUCGAACAGUGUCAUCCUUCAGCCCACAGCCAUGGCACAGCUGCCACAAACUCAUCUAUGUGCGACCAAACCCAAAGACAGGGGUGCCAGUCGGGCAUUGGCCCAUACCAGAGUCCUUCUGGCCGGACCAGAACUCCCCAACCUUACCACCUCGCUCUGCUCACCCUGUGGUGCGUUUCUCUUGCGUGGACUGUGAACCAAUGGUGAUCGACAAGCUUCCCUUUGACAAGUAUGAACUGGAGCCCUCUCCGCUCACCCAGUACAUCCUGGAAAGGAAGUGCCCACUUGUGUGCUGGCAGGUGUUUGUCAGCAGCAGUGGGAAGCAAAAUGAUCUGGGGCACCCUUUUGGCUACCUUAAAGCCAGCACCACUCUCACCUGUGUUAAUCUGUUUGUCAUGCCAUACAACUACCCAGUCCUUCUCCCACUUCUCGAUGAUUUGUUUAAAGUGCACAAAUUAAAACCAAACCUUAAGUGGCGACAGGCCUUUGAGAUGUACCUGAAGACAAUGCCUCCAUACUACCUCCUGCCCUUAAAAAAGGCACUGAGGAUGAUGGGUGCACCUAACCUUAUCGCAGACACCAUGGACUGCGGCCUGAGUUACAGUGUCAUUUCUUACCUGAAGAAGCUCAGCCAGCAGGCAAAAAUGGAGUCGGAUCGUCUGAUUGUGUCGGUGGGGAAAAAGGUUCCUCAGGAAACUGGCAUAAAGGUGAAGAACCACUCCAGCUCCCUUUCUCUGGCCCACCGACGAGACUUUAAGCAGCUGCUGCAGGGAAUCACCGGGGAAGGGCCCCUUCGCCUGGCGGACAUCAAUUUCAAAGAGUUUGCUGGUUUCCAGAUUGCCCUGCUCAGCAAGGAUGUGAAGCCUCAAGCUUAUCGGAACGCCUACGACAUCCCAAGACGGAACCUCCUGGAUCAGCUCACGCGAAUGCGCUCCAAUUUGCUGCGGACAUCACUAAAACUGAUCCGAGGGCAGGACGAAGACUCCCUGCACAGUAUUCCAGUGGCUCAGAUGGGAAACUACCAGGAAUACCUAAAAAUGAUGCCGUCUCCUUUGAGAGAGAUUGACCCCGAUCAGCCUAAACGGCUGCACACAUUUGGGAACCCUUUCAAGCAGGACAAGAAGGGGAUGAUGAUCGAUGAGGCGGAUGAGUUUGUAGCAGGCCCUCAAAAUAAGAAAAGAGGAAAUUCCAGUGACUCCAAUUCUGGAGCUACUGUGAAGAGAAGGCGGAGCAUGUCACCGUUGCUGCGGCGGCCGCAGACUCCAUCGGGGAACACCAACCACGUGGCGAUUGGAAAGAACCUAGCAGGGACUCAGGGGCAGCAGAAUCCCCUCAAACUGGUUCCACAGCACAAAGGAGUGGAUGGCAGCAACAUGGUGGUCACAGAGAGUAACGGCGACAGCGUUCUCGGGCUUGACUCUGGGGAAAUAUGGCCUGUGGAGAUGGACGCUGAGGCGGGGAAUCCAUCUUCACCAAGUUUAGAGGAGAAGGUUGGGACAGGAGCAGCAGUUUGCGGGGAGGACAUGAGCGCGAUGGAGGAGGAGCUGGUGGAAGAUCACCUAAAUGAGCAGCCACUGGAGGAGAAACACAACUGUGAACGUCUGAGUCCGCAGAGCCAGCUGGAUGGCACUGAAGCUGACCCGGCCGUGCCUGAGACGAUUUUCAUACCUCCACUAGAUGGCAACCAAGCAGAGCUGCGGACACGGGUCAUUAAGGAGGUCCGCAAACCUGGACGAAACUAUGAGGCAAUACUCAGACUACUGCACCAGGUGAAAGGCCCGGUAGAUGUACAAAGGUACUUCAUCCAGCACGCCAUCAAAGAGGCAAUGAGGUUCAAGAAGCGGGUACUGAUCCAGCAGUUGGAGAAUGCCCUGGCUAAGUUGGAGGAGAAGCAAACAGCAUUACAGCUUCCCAAUGAUCACGGCAGGUAGUGACAAAGCCAUGUUUGCUUUGUUAGUAGAAGAAGUAGUGAGGCUCCUCUGAAUUCCCUCUGAAAUGAAUUUUCUUGCCUGCUGGAUAUCACCUUAAGAGGCAUCCUUCUUGACACACCCUCAGAGAUUCCGACUGGGAAACAAGAAUGGGAGAAGAAUAAAUGCACUGAUAGCACAAGCUCUUCCUGUCCCUGUGCUGUACGUCGCGUCCUGUUAGAGGCAGAGUGUUUAUUCAGAGGAGGGGCCUUGGGGAGCAGCUCCGCUGGGGAUGAGUACAGAGACUUUAAAAAUAAUCCUCUUCACAUUGACAGAUGCCUUAAACACCCAUAUGGCUUUUGUCUGUAUGGGCACAUUGCUCAGAAGACACACAUACACUCCAUUUGACAGAUAACACAGUAAGCCAGCAGAGCAAUGGAUAGACUGGCUUAUUGGUAUAGUUAUUCUUAAAAGAACAGACCCUUCUUCAGCUGGUCUGAAAAGUGUUUUAUGGGUAAUAAAAUGUUGUGCAUUCAUGAAAAGGGAUGAAUGGAAGGAGAAAUCUGGUCCAGAAGCAAGACAAGCUCUCUUAUUUUUUAGUGUUAAAUCUGCAACAGGAUGCACUUUGUUGUUCAUGUUACUGUUGUCUAAUAUGCCCCAUUAUUAGUGGUUUACUGACAUGCACUGGCAUCAGGGGUGGGCAAUAUGGAAUAAGUCUAUGAGUGUAUAUACAAUUUCAUGCUGUAGUAGCAAUAUGGAGUCACUCUUCUGCAAAUGCACUCAAAAAACAUAGUCAAAGAAAUGUGUAUUUGUGAUUAAUCCAGUCAUUAAAGCACCUGGCAAGCAAGGUUACACAUUAUGGAAAAUACUGCAUGUUCAGUAUUGGUGUAUGAUAGAUUUGUAUACCUCAGAGUCAGCAGUAUAGCAACCUCUUAAAUAUCUCAUAGUGCAUAUGUCCAUAUUGUCCAACCCCAGAUAGCACUGAAUUAGACUUCACACAUGCCUCACUCAUGGCAGCUCCACUGCUUUUUGAAUUGGGUCUGUUUUAUUGCAUAUUAUAUCAACAUGUUCGGAACACAAACUUCCCAAUCAGCUCCAACCGUUUUAAGAACUGAUUUUGAAGGACAGCACCAAGUAGAUGAAUCAGUGUUUUUUGUGAUAGUUGCACGAUACCGUCUUGACCUGGAAAUGAAUUUUUCUUCUGAAACAAUCCAAUACAAAGCAGCAGUGUUUACUGGUUGAGUGAUUGAGGAUCAUUGUCCUCUCACCGGCCAAUACAGCAAUACAACAUGGGUUACUCCUGCAACUCCACACGCACACACACACACACACACGCACACGCAAGUCUUUCUCGACAGCGAUGCCCAGCAUUACAGCUUUACUCCAACAGAAUUUUGCAUCCAACAGUCACCUUAUGUUGAAGUUAAACAGUUUGCAUUUCUCCUCUGAAGCUUUUUACACGAAUCCAAGUCAGGACUCCCCCUUAGUUCUCCUUGUUUUUACAACAGAUGUACACUACUUUUUAAUGUUCAUAGGGAAUAGAGAUUAUUUUUGUGAAAUUGCUUAUUUCAGAGUAUAAGAAAUAUUUUGAAAGACAUGUUCAAAGCCAUUUUUGUAAACUGUUAAAAAACAUAUACAAAGUGGAAAGUUUUAUGAACCUACUUCUUUUUUUAUGAAAACAAAAAAUAAAC